UCGCGCCUAGUUUUCUGAUCUCUUCCGGAGCCUGGGUGACCGAGCCGUCCCCAGAGACCGCUCGGGGGUGUCAGAGGCCCUGAGAGCUGGGCUAUCUAGCAGAUUUCCAUCGGUAAGAGGCCCCCAGAAACGAGUGUGGUUUGUGGUUACAAGGCACGAUGGCUGCAAAAGUGGUUCCCAUUACCCCAAAGCCAAAACAAUCCUUUAUAUUGAGAGUGCCACAAGACUCCAAGUUGGGCCAAGAUCUACUUCGAGAUGCCACCGGUGGGCCCAAGACCAUCCAUCAGCUGGUGCUGGAGCACUUCCUCACCUUCUUUCCCAAGCCAAGCUUGGUCCAGCCCAAUCAGAAAGUCAAGGAGACCUUGGUUAUUAUGAAAGAUGUGAGCUCAAGCCUUCAAAACAGAGUGAAUCCUCGUCCCUUAGUGAAACUUCUGCCCAGAGAAGGAGUCCAGGAGAAACAGGAGACGGUGUCUCUGCGUUUGAAAGCUGGCCCUGAGGAGAUGAUGGUCUUUGAGGAUUUGAAUGUAUUUCACUCCCAAGAAGAAUGUGUGAGUCUGGAUCCUGCUCAACAACCCACCUCAGAGAAGAAGGAUGACAGUGAUGUUGGGGAGAUGAUGUUACUGGUCAAUGACAGUAAUCCCGAGGGUGAAGAUCUUCAAAAGGAACCUGUAGAGAGUAAAGAUUAUAGGGAAAACUCUUCAGAUUGUGAUGAAAUAGAUUGUUCCUUGGUUUCUCAGCAACCUCCAGAUAGCAAGGAAGAUGUAAGACUAAAUAUAUCUAUCCCACAGAAAAAGCAAGUGAGAAAUCUGUUGGUUACCAUUGAAAAUGAUAAUCCCCUAGAGGACCUCUCAAAAUACGUGGACAUCAGUGUUAUUGGACUUACUCAAAAUCGGAGAACAAGGAGAUGGUACACCUGUCCACAGUGUGGGAAACAGUUUAAUGAAAGUUCUUACCUUAUUUCCCACCAGAGGACUCACACUGGAGAAAAGCCCUAUGACUGUAGUCAUUGUGGGAAAAGCUUCAAUCAUAAAACAAAUCUCAAUAAACACGAGCGAAUCCAUACAGGAGAGAAACCCUACUCCUGUUCUCAGUGUGGGAAAAACUUCCGUCAAAAUUCUCAUCGGAGUCGCCAUGAAGGAAUUCAUAUAAAAGAGAAGAUAUUUAAGUGUCCAGAAUGUGGGAAAACCUUUCCAAAGAACGAAGAAUUUUUGCUUCAUCUACAGAGUCAUGAAGCUGAGAGGCCAUAUAGUUGCAAAAAAUGUGGGAGAAGAUUUGGUCGGCUGUCAAACUGCACUCGGCAUGAGAAAACCCACUCAGCAUGUAAGACCCGAAAGCAGAAAUAAUAUUGGGAAAGGUAUGAUGACGUUGUCUCAGCCUGAAAAGUUUCAUAAGGGAUUCUGAAUUCCCAAGCUGCCUGAAAAGAUACAGAUAUAUGAAAACCUCAUUAUAGCCAAAGUUGGAUAAAUACCCAUCUUGGCUAAAACCUCAAAUUGUUAGACAAUUCAUAGGGAAGGAAACAUUUCCAAGGACUAUACCUCAGUUAGCAUCCAAGCUUUUUGGACUAAGGAGCUUUCUUUUAUGAAGUUGUACGACAGUGUAGAGAUCACAGAUCCUUUUCCCGGCAAAGACUUUGCAUAUGAAUCCAGAGGCUGCUUACUUGCAAAGUCUUCAAUGUCUUUUGAAGGUAUAUUCAUUUUCCCCUACAUGGGAAUUUAUACUUGAGAAAUAAUGCAAAUCUCCUUAUCUGGAACUUUGUUCUGCAAACUACUGAUUUAAGCCAACAGCUUUUAAUAGCAAUUCACAUAGUCCUCUAAAAACACCUGUUUAAGCCCUGAAUAUUGAAAGGAAUUGUUUACUUUGGAAUAUUGGAAAACUACAGCAAUUGAAUGUCACACACUCUCCUUUGUAUGUGAUUUUAACUAACAGUUUCUAUAACAUUUGCAGUUUGUGGUAAAAUUGACUGUUUUAUAGAAAUCCUUUUCACACCAUAAUUUAAAAAUACUGUUCUUACUGUAUUUUGUUCAGCUGUUGAUCUCUCCCGCAGCUAGUCUUAUGCCUCUCCCUUGCCAAAAGAAGUAUGUAUUGCUCAGGCUGGGCCAUCCAGCUCCAAUAUUAGGAAAGCUCUUCAGAAUCGUGUCCCUCUGUUGAGUUCCAAUCUUACGUUAGGAAAGAAAUCCCAAGAGACUGGAGAGGAGGAACAAACCUAGAGCCAGAAAAAAACUGUCAUGAGUUUCAUGUCUAGUCAGUAACUUUACCAUAUGCUUAGGUGCCCUCUACAUAUUCAUCACUACCUCACAAGGCAAAGUGUUUUAUAUUUAGAAAUGAUGUCUUUAGUGGUUAGUCCACAUUGCCCCUCAAGAGACAGGCUUCCAAGUGUCCUCGCUGUAGUAGAUACAUUUGGUUUUUUGAGUCAGUCUCUGUCACCCAGGCUGGAGUGCAGUGG